GACGCCAACGGGAACCCGCCCUAUAUCAGGCGCGGGCGAACUGAGUGCGGCUGAGCACACACACACACAAAAAGGAAGAAAAAAGAAGAAGCCAGGCGCCUGAGGGGGUGGAGGUGGGACGGGGCGAGCGGUGAGCGGGUGGCUCUGCUGCAGAUACUCCCUCGACGUCCCCCCUCCGCUCUUUUCCUUUCUUGGCACAACCCGAAGCGAGAAAGCGACCGCGAGAGUCCCGCGGGAGAUGGCUGCAGAAAUGGACCCUGGCAGCGAGCAAGGUCUGCUGAAAAAUGAAGCCAUUCCUGAAGUUGGAGAAGAUGCUGCUGCUUCAGUUAAUGUUGUGGAAGCUCUAUCUGAAGAAGAACAGGAGGAACUUAGAAGAGAGCUUGCUAAGGUAGAAGAAGAAAUCCAGACUUUGUCACAGGUGCUAGCUGCUAAAGAGAAGCAUCUAGCAGAAAUAAAGAGGAAGCUGGGGGUCAGUUCAUUGCAGGAGCUGAGGCAGAACCUUUCCAAAGGGUGGCAAGAUGUUACGUCAACUAACGCGUAUAAGAAGACAUCAGAAACAUUGUCUCAGGCUGGACAAAAAGCUUCUGCUGCUUUCUCAACAGUUGGAUCUGUAAUAACAAAGAAGCUGGAAGAUGUGAAAGUGCAGGCAUUUACACAGUCCCUUAGUAUACGUUGUCUACAGCAUUCAAUUAGCAUGCCUGCUAUGAGAAAUUCACCAACAUUCAAGUCAUUUGAAGAAAAAGUGGAAAACUUAAAGUAUAAAGUUGGGGGAAACAAGCCUGCUGGAGGUGACUUUGGAGAAGUCUUAAACUCUGCUGCCAACGCCAGUGCCACAGAAGCUACUACAAAGCAGACGGAAGAGGAGACUCCAUGAUUGUCCUGCCUCCCUUGUGCUACCCACUGCCAGAUGCUGCAAAUGAAUGCUGAAGCACAACACCUCUGCUUUUGACUGUUCCAAGAUGUCCUUCUAUUUAGCACUUAGCUUUAUAGCUAUUGACUAGAAUAUGUUUCUGUAGGUUCAGAGUAUUUUUUUGAAACUGUAAAAAACACUCUUGCCUAUGUUAUCUGAGAGAUGGGGAUUUUUAUGUAUUUUGAGUAUUUAUAAGAUUAUUACUGGUCUUAAGUAAUCACUAAGGUAUUGUGUUACGAAAAUUUGGAAAUGGGAGCUUCAACACUGUACUUUUUGGAUGCUAUGAUGAUUACUGGUUACCUCAUCUCAUGUCUAUUCUACAUAUUUCACUGUGAAAACCUGAAAAGGUUUCACUCACUCAUUGCUGUCUUUUGCAAGAAAUUCCACUGGCAAAAUAAGCAGUGCAAACUUGUUUGUGUAUAUGUUGCAUCUGUGGACGCUGAAGUAGGAUGGUUCCCACUCACAUUCUCCAUGGCUUUAUUGAGGUUCCCCUGAAAAGAUUUAUUCUGACAGUAGCUUAACUAUUCCAGCUAAGCAAAGAUACGGUUUUCCCUUGUAUUAUAAGCUGACUUAAUUCAGUUUUUUUGUCUUUGUCUGAAAUGGGCUUCUAAAAUACAAAGCAGAUUAUUAACGUAGAAUAUGUAGGCUGGAAGCUAACACAGCAAAUGGAGUGGUUUAGAAGCACCAUGCUAAUAAAAGUACAAUGAUUUAAGUGUUUAUAUCCCCCCUCAUUGACUAAAAAGAACAACCAUGGGCCAUUGCCAUUUAUACAACACACUUCAGCCCCAUUAACACUCACACCUCACCAAAAUUGAAAUGCAUGGUACUAACAGUUCUACUAGUUGUGUGUAGGUCUGUAGACUUUUAUACACACUUCCAAUUUGGGCAAGUGCAUACUGGAGUGUAGGUGAUACAGAUCCAGCCUCUGUAUCCGCAUCUUGAAGUGUACCCUGUAGGGAAAUAGAAUCUUUUUAAACUGGCCACCCCACAUUGUAACCUGAAAAUACACUUAAAUGUUAUAGGCGUAAGUCAACUUUCUGUUUAAAAAUGUUAAUCAAACUCUGUUGGUGAUCCUGUAAAAUACUUUUUCUCUAGAAGGGGAAUGCACUCCUUCUUUAUAUGCUGUGUGCCUGCAUUAGAUACCUUUCUGGCACAUUGAAAUAUUAUAUUUAGCAGAUUUUUUUGGUGGGGGGGCACUUUUAAUCACCAAGUUUAAGAUGAAUUAGAACACUUAAAAGGUGCAUUGUAACUUAGGUGUUAUCUUCGUAGCUGCACCAAAAUGGCCACAAAUCACAUCUAUAAAGCAGCCUAUGCUGUAUUUGACAGCCUUCUGUAGCAUUUCAGAUUUAGUCCAAUACUUGAUAACAUGUAAAAAUAAAAAAAUGCAUUCUCAAAUGUAAAAGGCUAGUUGGGAGUUCUGUAUUGAAAGAGUGCUACAUUCUUGAAGCCCAGUACCAUGCAUGCUUAGAGAGAUGGUAGCCCAAUUAGAAAUCAAUCAAACUUAAUUCUAGGUAAGUGUGCAGGAUUUCAGCCUUAAUAAUUGACUUUUUUGGAUGGUGUUAUCAUAUGAGUUGGAGUUAAUGGCUGUAAUUAGAAGUAAAAAAAAGUGGUCUUUUUCUUUUGCAGUGGCUAAUAUGAUCCCUGGCCAUGCAUCCAUGGAAAUGCACUUACCUGAAAAAAUGUUUCCAAAGAUGUAAAACAGAUAAGAGACACAAUGCCAGUUGGAUUAGUCCCUAAAUGAAAUACUUAAUCCAAUCUUCCAUUGUUUGAGCAAAUGCACACCUAUUUUAUUUGGAAAAGGUGGCAAAAUUGAGAUGUCUGCCAACAUAUUACCUGCAAGUCAAAUUGCUUAAAUGCCUUCAGUCAUAAUCAUACUAUGACCAAGUUUUAGUAUGUUGCAGUUAUGCAACUUCAUUGUCCCACCAAGUCUGAUUACAGUGAUGUGUGCUUAUUUUUUUGUGUAUACCAAACUGAAAUAGUUAAGUAAUUGCUUGUGGACUAGCUUACCUUGCAACUAGUAGGAAUGGGAUAGUCGUUGAUGCCCAAUGUGUUGUCUUGAUUGGAUUGAUUUCCUCAUUAUUAUUA